CUAAUCCCCCGAAGUGAUAGUUCACAGUACGGCAAUGUAAGCGUGCUAAACCAGUUUCGAAGACGCGGGACAUUCCCCCACUGCGAAUGGCUAAGAAGUGAGUAAAAAAGUAAAAACAAAGAAUUCAACCAGAUUGUUGCUGUCUGGCACUUGUAUAAUGAAGGCACGCGAUGAGAUAAAACGGAGGCUCAUGCCUUUAAAAACGCCUUCAGCCCGUACGGAUGCGGUUUAGUCGCUGGAAAGGUGUUGCGUGUGGAAUUUCAGACCAGCACGACACUUUGCGCCAGUUCGUGCGAUGCAUUUCAUUAGCUGGUGGUUAGGGUCGGCGGAGGAUGGUAGCGAUCACGAUCGCUCAUCUAGUUCCAUCGCUUCGGAAAGUGAUUGUAGAUCAAACACGGAUCUUGAUGCAUUCGAGAAUCAACCGACAGUGAAAGACUUCCAAGCACUUCGUGAUCGCUGCCUGGCGGAAGGCACCCUUUUUGAGGAUCCCGAAUUUCCCGCAAACAACUUCUCGAUCUACCACUCAAAUCCUCCGAAGAAAGGGGAGCGUGAAUUCGAAUGGAAACGGCCAGGCGAAAUUGUUCCUUCGCCCAAGUUUGUCACCGAGGGCUUCUCACGGUUCGACGUGCGCCAGGGCAUCAUCGGUAACUGCUGGUUCAUAUCUUCCUGUUCCGCGCUCACCUCCCAUCAGGAGCUGUUCGAGCGUGUCGUCCCGCUGGACAAUGGACAGUUCGAGGCCGAUCACUAUGCGGGGCUGUUUCACUUUCGCUUCUGGCAGUAUGGCCAAUGGGUGGAGGUUAUAGUGGACGAUCGAUUGCCGGUUGGCAAGAACAAUCAGCUUCUCUUCAUCAGCUCCUCCGAGAAGGACGAAUUCUGGGGCGCACUGUUGGAGAAAGCGUACGCCAAACUGCACGGUUCGUACGAAGCCCUGGACAGUGGUACGGGGCGCGAAGGUAUGGUGGAUCUUACCGGAGGCAUUACCGAGUUCUACCAGCUAAAAGGCAACGAACCGGACGAUCUGUUCGAACGGCUGGAAAGCAACCUGGCUCGCCGAUCACUCAUAACAGCGGGCAUUAAUGGAAAUGAGAGAGAACGGGUGCAAAGCGUCAACUUGGUGCCGCAACACGAGUACUCCGUGACGAAGGUCACCAGGCUAGAUGCGACCCUGCACAUGCUGGACUUUGGGGCGGGUAAUGCGGUCGAUGUGAGGUUGAUCUGUGUGCGCAAUCCCUGGGGCAGGGGUGAGUGGAGCGGUGCCUGGGGCGAUCAUUCACUCGAGUGGAUCAUGGUGCGGGACGAGAAGAUGGAAGAGCUGAACAUUGUUAAGGAGGAUGGCGAGUUUUGGAUGAAUUUUGAGGAUUUCGUGCACCAUUUUGAUGACGUCAGCGUGUGCUAUCAGUGUCCGGGUGAUAUGGGGAAGGAACUGAGGGCUCGCUAUCCUCGGGAAAUGGUGAGCGAGAUGGGCGAGUGGAAACGUUCCGCCACAGCAGGUGGAUCGGAUGAGAAUAGUUUCUGGAGCAAUCCACAGUACGUUCUGAAGUUAGCGCACCAUGAAGGAUAUGAAGCAGAUUCACGAAUCAGCGUUACGAUUGGACUCAUGCAGAAGCAUCACCGUGCGAAAGGGACCAGCUUUUUGUCAUUGAGACUGCUUGUCUUCCCCAUUCCCAAUCAUGUGCUUACCGGAAACCGAUUCUUACCCAAAUCGUUCUUCGAUAAUGUCAUCCCGGUAGAGACGGAAGCCAAUUUCGAGACGACGCGUGAAGUUGUGGGCCGAUACAAGCUUCCGCCCGGUAGAUACGUCGUAGUUCCGCACACCUGGAAACCCCAACAGGAGGCAGAGUUUAUGUUGCGAAUAUUCGCCGAAGGAAGUGUGACAAAACUGUGCUACUGUGCGGGUGAUGUGAUCGGAUGACGAUGAGAGGGUGUCCCAAUGCCACAAUGCCUCAAUCCCCCCAACAAAACGAUCUCCUUACACAUGUGUCGACUUAAGCUGUAACCAGAAAGCAAGACAAAAUAAAUGUGAAAUUCCAACGCAAAAAAA